CAGGAGGAGAGAGGAGUUUGGACAUUUGACAUUCAACAUGCGGCCCUCAGUCCGGACCAGUCCGCUGCACCACAGCGACACUUGGAUCCAGUAAUUAUUUCCAGGGAGGAGAGGGAGCUCGGUGACGUCAGCCCGCCGGGUCCAGAGUUGAGGUGGUUUUGUUGGAGUGUUUGAUGACCAUGUUCCCCAGCCCCGGCACCUCCACUCCCUUCUCCGUGAAGGACAUAUUAAACCUGGAGCAGAGUCACGGAGUCAUGGUGUCCUCUCUGGACCUGUCCCCUCGUCUGGACUGCUGUUCCGUGCAGACAUCCACACCCUGCUCCUCGUUCUCCUUCUCCUCCUCCUCCUCUUUAUCAUCCUACUCCUGCAUGUUGGCCCGCAUGAAGCAGGAGCCUGUGCGGGACCUGUCGGCCGCCGGGACCGGCUCUCUGUUCGGAGAAGAAGCCGCCCCUGAGUCCAGGACCGGCGGAGGCCCAACACUCGGCUUCACCAGCGCCUUUUACGGCAAACCUGUGUCGGACGUGGACGGAGUCAAGGAGGAGGAGAAGUCGGAGGAGAAGCGCAGGAAAGAAGAGUUCCGUCCUCCUCUGGAUCCCACUGACGACAUCAGGCCUCAGGAUCCGGAUCCAGUCAAACCCCGGCGGCGCAGGAAGCCGCGGGUUCUAUUUUCUCAGGCGCAGGUUUACGAGCUGGAGCGGCGCUUCAAGCAGCAGCGGUACCUGUCGGCCCCGGAGCGGGACCACCUGGCCGGGCUGCUCAAACUCACCCCCACCCAGGUGAAGAUCUGGUUCCAGAACCGGAGGUACAAGUGUAAGCGGCAGCGGCAGGACCAGAGCCUGGAGAUGGUGUCUCUGCCCCCGCCGCCGCCCAGGAGGGUGUCGGUGCCGGUGUUGGUUCGGGACGGAAAGCCGUGCCUGGCCGCGGACCCGGCCUCCUACAACUCCUCCUACAUCAACCACUUCAGCUACAACAGCUACCAGCCCUUCAGCGGCCCCGCCUGCAACACGAACUACCCCUGUAACUACCCCGCUGCCCCGGUGCAGGCCAUGCAGAGCCCCCCCGGCGGCAGCGGGCCUUACGUGAACUUUGGAGCCGCGGAGCUGAGCAGCGCGCCGGGCUCCUUCUCGUCCAGCGGCGGCCUCCACGGCAUCAGGACGUGGUGAACACGACCGAACCUGCAUGAGUCUGAAAUACUGCAGUAUACUGUAGUUCUGUGUACUCUGUUUUCACCCCCCC